AUGUCCCUGAUCACAUACCAUGAGUCCAAUGACAGCUACUCAAUACAUCCCGUUGUGCAUAAAUGGGCUAGAAAAAGGCCAGGCAUGAGUGCAUCGGAGCAGGCAAUCUGGGCACAUGCCGCAAAAUUGACUCUUUCUCACUCCAUUCUUCUCCCACCUCUGGCUGACACUGAAAAUGACGAAAUCUUUCGACGAGAUAUUCUGUCACACAUUGAUCAUGUCCGAAGCUGCCAGUCUACAAUAGACCUCUAUAUUCAGAAAAGAAGACAGAGCCGAUUUGGUGGUUAUUUAAAUUGGCCUGCACCAGGAUCUACGUUUGGUCCUUCUCAAGCUAUACUUUAUGCUAAGUUUAGUUCAGUUUUUGCUCAAAACGGACGAUGGAAUUAUGCGGAGACUCUUCAACUCCAAGUUAAAGAAUUUGCGGACUCCGUCCUUGGGUUGGAUCAGCCUAUCACCAGGCAAAUAGCACUGGCCCUGAGUAGUACAUACUGGAAUCAAGGUCGGGGAGAUGAGGCUGCAGAUCUACAGGAGAUUGUUUUGAAGGCGUGUUUGACAUAUCUUGGACCGCAAAGUCAUGAAACCUUGAUCACAAUGGAAACUCUUGGCCAAACAAGAUGGCAACAGGGAAGAUACACUGAGGCGAAAGGUCUUCAGCAAAAGGCCGUUGAGGGUCUGAUCAAACUGCGGAAUUCCAAGAUGCACGAAGAUAUCCUCAGUGCAAUGGGUCAUCUCGGUCGGACGCUAGCAAAAUUUUAUGAGGAUUUAGAUGAAGCCAAAUGCUUACUUGAAGAGACUUGCGAGUGUAUGGAUGCUGUCUUAGGACCGACUCAUCUGAAAUCUAUGGAGAUUCAGGAGGACCUGGCUAUGCUUACGGUACAGAUGGGGAAUAAAGAAGAUUUGCCUAUUGCUCUCAACAAAAUGCGCCAUAUUCUUGACUGUCGCAAAGAGAAACUGGGCAAAGAACACCCCUACACACUGCUGGCCAUGGUCAGUCUGUCCAGAGUCAAGAUUGCCCUUCGAGAAUACGACGAAGCUGAAGAUCUCAUUCGCAGCGGCCUUCAAAUUGCGGACAGGAAUCUCGGUGAGCACCACAUUGGGACCCUGAUGGGUAAGACCGUGCUGGCCACGAUUCUCAUACACCAAUCAAGGUUCUCUGAGGCCGAGGACAUACUUCACACUGGGAUUGAGAGACAGCGAGGCCUUUCGGUAUAUCGAGGCGAUUUCCAUCCUGAUCGAAUAGGUGCAAUGAUUGAGUUGCCUAGUGUUUUAGAGUUCAAGGGAAAUUGA